AUGACCCAGCUACCCGACCCAGCAGAAGCCCUCCCGAAACACUGCGAGCUGUUUUACGGCGGCGAAUGGCACGCGCCACUCCAGGGUCAGUAUCGUGAGACCUUCAAUCCCGGCAACGGCAGCGUUAUCACAUCCGUCGCGCAGGCUGAUCCUCAGGAUGUCGAUGCGGCCGUUCAAGCUGCCGCGAAGGCUUACCCGGCCUGGCGGUCCACCACUCCGGCGCAACGAGCAGGAUACCUACGCAAUGCGGCCGAGGUGAUCCGGAAACAUGCCGCGGAGCUGGCCAUGAUUGAUGCCCUCAACACCGGCAACCCUAUCGCGGAGAUGCUCAGCGACGCCAACGUGGCUGCGGCCAACCUCGACUAUUUCGCUGGUCUGAUCCCGAUGAUCAAGGGCGAGACAAUUCCUCGCGAGAACGAUCAAUUCCAUUACACCCUGCGCGAGCCCUUGGGCGUCGUCGCCCGCAUCGUCGCGUACAAUCACCCGGUGAUGUUUGCCGGCGGCAAGAUGGCUGCUCCGUUGGCGGCAGGAAACACGGUCAUCAUCAAGCCGCCGGAGCAGGCGCCCUUGUCGUGUCUGCGGCUGGCAGAGAUCCUCACUGAUGUCUUUCCACCGGGUGUCCUGAAUAUUCUGCCUGGCAGCGUCCCUUGUGGCCAGUCACUAUCAACGCACCCGCUCGUGAAGAAGAUCACGUUGAUUGGCAGCGUGCCGACGGGCAAAGCGAUCCAGCGUGCUGCUGCCGACACCCUCAAGCCCACACUGUUUGAGUUGGGUGGAAAGAACGCCCUGUUGGCAUUUCCCGACGCCGACAUCGACCGACUCGUCGAUGGCAUCACUCGCGGGAUGAACUUCACCUGGGCCGGCCAGUCAUGCGGCUCGACUUCCCGCGUCUUCCUGCACGAAUCGCACCAUGAUGAGGUUGUUUUGCGCGUAUUAGAAAAUGUCCAGGCAAUGUACAAGCCAGGAGUUCCGACCGACAUGGCGACAACGAUGGGCCCCGUGAUCAGCAAGGUCGCCCAGGAACGUGUUCUGAGCUUCAUCGCCAGUGGAAAGCAGGAGGGGGCCCAUCUCGCUCUCGGGGGUGUCGUGCCUAGCAAUAACCCAGCUAUUGAGGGUGGAUAUUUUGUCGAGCCGACAGUUUUCACCAAUGUCCAGCCACAUAUGCGAAUUGCGCGCGAGGAGAUCUUUGGGCCGGUCAUGUCUGUCUUCAAGUGGAAGGACCAGGCGGAGGCUCUGCGCCAGGUCAACGACACGACGUACGGACUGACCGCGGCGGUGUAUACCCAAAACAUGAGCACCGCCCAGCGGACUGUGGGCCAGAUUGAGGCCGGGUUUAUCUGGGUCAACCAAGUCGGCCGACACUUCCUGGGUGUGCCGUUUGGGGGGGUUAAGGAGUCCGGCACGGGGAGAGAGGAAGGGCUGGACGAGCUGCUGUCAUUUACGCAAACCAAGAGCGUCAAUCUCAACCUAGUGUGA